AUGGAAGAACUGGGCACAGCCACGGCGGCCCCGACCUUCUCGUACGCCGCGCUGCAGGCCGAGCUGUCGCUCCAAGGCUCCUCGGCCCAGGCUGACCAGCCCAGCACCAGCACCGACGCCGGUCUGCACUUGCAGGACUUCUUUGCACAUCUGUGCACGCAUGGCUUUGCUCGGCUGAGGCUCGGCGCGGACGAGGUGCGGUGCCUGGUGGAGAUGUACGGGCAGGCGCGCGAGUUCUUCGGCCUGCCGGAGUACUUCAAGGACAGCGUGUGUCCCUACCGGCCGUCGCUCGAGAUCGGUUACUCCCACGUGCGGCACCUGGCCAAGGAGUUCUUCGCCGUGCGCCUCACGGCAGACGGCCAGUCAAUUGAGACCAACGGGGCCGAGCUCAUACCCGACGAGUACCAAACACUCGCGGUCGAGAGCUUCAAGCUGAUGGACGGGCUCGCGAAGGACUGCCUCAAAUACAUCGCCACGGGGCUGAAGGUGGACCCGGCGAAGCUGACCUCCCUGGCCGAAGACUUCCCGCUGGCCGACCGGUCAGCCCACUCCGUGUCCUUCCUGCACGUGUUCAAGUACUCGAGUACCGAGGCGGGCCAUGUGGCCAUGCCCUGCCCGCCGCACACCGACAGCGGGCUCGUCACCGUCAUCCCGUGCGCACAGGCCCCUGGCCUCGAAAUCCUCGUACAGUCCCACACCUUUGUGUGUCGUGUCGUUGGUCGUGUCGUUGGUCGACAGUGUCGUGUCGUGUCGUGUCGUGUCGUGUCGUGUCGUGUCGUGUCGUGUCGUGUCGUGGCGUGA